GCCAGUCCGGCGGGGCGCGGCGGUGCUCGGGGUAAGCGGGCCAGGCCCGCGGAGCCGGGUGGGCAGGGCAGGGCAGGACGAGGGCGAAGCAGCCGGGGAGAAAGGCCCGAGCAACCCCGGUGCCUCGUUUACCCCAUCGGCAGCCACCCGGCGCCCCGGGCCGCGAGGCGCGGAGCCGUGAGCGAGCGCGCUGGAGGCGGUGGAGCCGAGCGGAGGCUGCUCGCCCGGUGUGCCUAGCCGGGCCCGGCGCGCCUCCUCCGUCGCCUCCCUGGCGUCUCGCUCGCCCCCUUCUGCUUUCCUUUGCUUCCUCGGCUGAGCCCCGCCGUGCUGAGGCCCCCCGACCUCGUGCACUCAUCUCCACUGUGCUCGACACCGGGUCCCCCUGGCCCCGGCUGCUUCCCCUCCCCCGAGACCCGAAGGAAUCCGGACUUUCCCCACCGUUGAUGGAGCCGACUGCCAGGCUGGGCUGAGCGGUUUCUGCGGCCGCUCCAGACGCCGCCCGGGCCGGAGCACGGACAUUCUGGGUCCCGGCUGAGUGCACCCCGGACACCUAGCAGUGCCAGCUCGGGAAGGGCAGAGCAAGGCAGAGGCAGGACAGACCCCGGAGGUGCUCAGACCUGCCCAUCUAGAAUGGACAGAGAGAAUCGCGAACCCUGUGGAGCCCGGGGAAUGCCGGGCGUGGGCUGAGGGAUCCCGGCGCCCUCCCCAGCCCUCCGACUUUGGCUCAUCCGCCUGGACCGGACCGGUGUCACCUCGGCUCGGGUCACCUGUGGCCUCGGGGCCUCCGAGCUCGCCGGACCCUCGCGACCGGGAGCCUGGCGAGCGUAGUGGGGAGAUUUUUGGUGGUUUUUUAUUUUUUAUUUUUUGCCCCCCUUCCCGGGAGCGCGGAGGCCCCGCCCCCUCCCACCGCCCAGAUGUCUCCGGUCACCGCUCGGAGGACCUUCCUGAGGCCAGGAGCCGAAGGGUCCAGAGAGAGAAGCCCGCCCUAGGGAGCCUUGGGGGCCCCCCAACCUCGUCUUGUGGCUCGGCCCCCCGACACUGCUUAGAGGAAAGGCCACUGCACCCACCCUUGGGGGCUUCCCUCCUCCAGUCCAGUUCCCUCUCCAGUGCUGUUCACAUCUGGAGCCCCCUCCACAUCUGGAAGACCCUGACCACCGUCCCUCUGCUGGUUCGGCUGCAUCUAGAGACCUCUGCCUUUGUAACUGCCUAGGAGUUGCGAGGGGAUUGCUGCCUUCCCCCAUCCCAAGGGCAUCUCUUACCCUUAGUCCUUGCAGAAUCAUCCCCCUGCCUCCGCAUCCAGAUUCAGGCAAAGAUCAGCUCUGUACACCAUAGGCACUUCAAGUCCUGGAAGCUGUUCUUGGGCCCUAAGGCCCCUCCCCUUGCCCUCCUGUGUCCUCACCUUGACCCCCACCCUGUCAGACUGUCUCCCUCUGGGUGCUCCAUCCCCCACCCAGAGGCGAGUAGGUGGAGUGGCAGGCUGCAGGGGCUGGGUGAGGGCCGCCCAAGGCCAGGGUAGGCUGGGGGGCCGUUAAGAUGUGGAGCUCUGCCCGGCUGAGGGGGGCUCCGUGGAGGCAGACGAAGCGUGUGCCCCGCUGGGGCGAGUAUGGGCAGGCUUGCGGCCACGUGGUGAAGGAUGAACAUUCGGGGUGCCCCGGACCUCGGGCAGCCCAGUGACGACCCCAACAGUGGUGGAGAGAGAGAGCGGAUUCGACAGCGCAUGAAGAUGGUCAUCGGGCAACUUGAAGGCAUCCUGAGAGAACUCAAAGAAGUGGCUAAGGAGCUGAGGGAGGUGGUGAGUCAGAUCGACAAGCUAACCUCUGACUUUGACUUUGAACUGGAGCCAGAUGACUGGACCACGGCCACUGUGAGCAGCACCUCCAGCAGCGACAAGGCAGGUGUGGGCGGCCCCUUUGACCUGGGCCACCUGGACUUCAUGACGGCUGAUAUCCUCUCAGACAGCUGGGAGUUCUGUUCCUUCCUGGAUGUCUCUACUCCAUCAGACUCGGUGGAUGGCCCCGAGGCGCCACGGCCAGGCACAGGCCCUGACUACCAGCUCAUGAAUGGUGGUUUGCCCAUCCCCAAUGGGCCACGAGUGGAGACGCCAGACUCCUCCAGUGAAGAGGCCUUCAGUGCUGGCCCUGCCAAGGGCCAGGUGCCCCAGCGGACUCCAGGGAUGAGGGAGAGGGUACGGUUCAGUGACAAAGUGCUCUACCAUGCUCUGUGCUGUGACGAUGAAGAGGGGGAUGGUGAGGAGGGAGAGGAGGAGGAGGGGGACCUGGCCCCAGAGCUGCCCCGCGUGGAGCCACACACAGGCCCCCUCAAGCCCUCCCCAGCCUCCUACAAGACCAAGCGCUCUCCGUUGACCACCCGACGCUUGGGCCCCACAUUGGCCCCAGAACAGACCCGGAGGGUCACAAGGAACAGCAGCACUCAGACAGUAUCAGACAAGAGCACGCAGACGGUGCUGCCCUAUACGGCCACCAAACAGAAAGCUAAGGGCAAGAACUAGGGGCUUGGGGGGAGGGCGGGGGGUGCAUAGAGGUAUAAAUAUAUAUAUAUAUAUAUAUAUUUAAACAAACACAGUCAUAAUAAAAUUCAUAAACACUUAA